CUUAGUCGGUCUUUGCGAGUUAAGAAACCACGCCGCGGUAGAGAGAAAGAGAGGAAAGCUUAAGCCGACGACGACGACGAAGAUGAGAGAGACGGUGAAGUUGAUAAGCAUGGAAGGUUUCGAGUUCGUCAUCGACAGAGAAGCCGCUAUGGUUUCUCAGACUAUCCGAAGCAUGCUCACUUCUCCAGGUGGUUUCUCGGAAUCGAAAGAUGGCGUAGUGACUUUCCCUGAUAUAAGCACCACAAUACUAGAGAAGAUUUGCCAGUACUUCUACUGGUCUCUUCAAUACUCCAGAGGCAAAGAGACAGAGUUUCAUAUUGAGCCUGAACUGACUCUAGAGCUGAUGAUGGCUGCUAACUAUCUUCACACUUGAAGAAUGAAAAGGAUAACGCUGUUGAAUCUUAUUCGACUUGUGUGAAUCAAAAGGAUAAAUCUGCAUUGGGUUCAAGAAGAACUAUUGAAUAGCUCUAAGGAAAAGUCAUGUACUUCUUUACUAGCUGUUAGUUUUUAACUGCAACAUCAAAGUUCUUGUGGCGUCCGCGUUACUAGUUACUUAUAUGCAAAGAACUUAUCAAAGCUUUGUAACAUUCUAUUCUAAUAAUGAUUUGGUUUGGUGCCGAAUCCCUUGAAAAUUUCUCUACUUUAUUAGACAGAAUACAAAAGUGUGUGACUAUUCAUCUCAAUAAUUGGUGGAAGCAAAUCGGAAAUACACUUAUCUAAAACGGCAUAAUACACAAAAGAAAGUGCUAUUUUCGCAA